AUGUGCAAGGUUCAAGCAAUGGAUGAGGCCGAGGAGGUCCUUCAACAGAUGUUUGAUACAGGUAUUCUGCCAAAUAUUACUACAUAUAAUAGUCUGAUACACGGAUAUUAUUCAUCAGGACAGUGCGAACAGGUGGCUCAUAUUUUCAAGAAAAUGUCUAGGAAUGGUGUUCAGCCAGAUAUUGCAACUUACACCAUACAGAUGGAUUAUCUUUGCAAGAGUAGAAGAUUUGCGGGAGCUAGAACUAUUUUUGAUUCUAUGGCCGGUAAGGACCAAAAACCGAAUGUUACUAGCUACAGUAUUCUGCUUCAUGCAUAUGCUAUGGAACAGUCAGUCCAUGAUAUGCAUUGUCUCAUUGAAUUGAUGGUAGAAAAUGGUAUUGCACCAAAUCAUUCUGUGUACAACAUACUGAUAGUUGCAUAUGCUAAGGGGAAAAUGUUUGAUGAGGUAAUGCAUAUAUUUACAAAAAUGCGGCAGCAAGGAUUGAACCCAAAUGCUGCGAGCUAUGGAACAGUAAUAAACUUACUUUGCAGUAUUGGCCGAAUGGAUGAUGCUAUGUUGCAAUUCAAUCAAAUGAUAACUGAAGAAUUAGCUCCUGAUAUCAUAGUUUUCAACACUCUUAUAAGUGGUUUUUGUUCUUGUGGAAAAUGGGAGAAGGUUCAUGAACUACUUGCUGAAAUGUUGAAUCGUGGCAUCUAUCCCGACAACGUGUUCUUCAACACAAUUAUGGAUCACCUUUGCAAAAAUGGAAGGGUUAUGGAAUCCCAAGAUCUCGCUGACCUGAUGAUACACAUGGGUUUGAAGCCUGACAUGCAUACUUAUAACACACUGAUGGGUGGAUACUUUUUCAUUGGUAAGAUGGAUGAAGUGAGGAAGUUACUUGACCAUAUGGUCUCAAUUGGCAUGGAACCAGAUGUUGUCACCUAUAACACACUGAUUGAUGGUUACUUUAAGAAUGGAAUGAUAGAUGAUGCGUUAGCUAUUUUCAGUGAAAUGCUGGACAAAAAAGUUAAGCCUUGUGUUAUCACUUAUAACACAGUGUUGCAUGGGUUAUUUCAUACUGGAAGGACUGUUGCUGCAAAUGAACUCUAUCUCAGGAUGAUUGACAGCGGAAUAUGUGUGGAUAUUGUGACCUACAACAUAAUUCUCAGUGGUUUGUGUAGAAAUAACUGUGUGGAUGAAGCACUAAGAAUGUUUCAAAACCUGUGUUCAACAAAUUAUCAACUUGAGAUCAGGACUUAUAAUAUUAUGAUUAGUGCGUUGCUUAAAGUUGGCAGGAAGGAAGAAGCCACAGGUUUGUUGGAUGGAAUCUCGGCCAAAGGAUUUGUGCUCGAUGCUGUUACGUAUAGAUUAAUGAUACAAAGCUUUUAG